CAGUGUGAGUUGUGAAUAGAACUAGUGAACAUCAGUGUGUCAUAUCCAACGGAAUGACGAACAUUUGUCCCUCUUGUGCGUAGUGGUGGAGAGUUUUAUCCUAAUGUAUUCUAGCUGAAAUUUAUUCCAUUUCCCGCAAGAUGCAGGUGCAAGCGGGCAUACUGUGGGCAUUGGUAUGCCUUGUUGCCUUUACUCAUGGUUUUACAUCGUGUUCACCAAAUCCCUGCAAGAACAGCGGGACAUGUAUCUCUAACCCUGGAGCCGAAUCCUCAUGCAAAUGUACCGACGAGUUCGUCGGCGAGUACUGCCAGCACCCGAAUCCCUGUCGGAACGGCCCUGGCUCCCGGUGCCAGAACGGCGGCACUUGCAACGUCAUUCUGUCGCACCCGGUCCCCAAAUUCAAUUGCCUGUGCCCCGUCGGGUACCGGGCGUCCCUAUGCGAGAUCGCCGUGCCCAACGCGUGCGACGCCGACCCCUGCCUCAACGGUGCCACCUGCCAGCUGCUGGCGCUCGACACCUACAGGUGCCAGUGUCCCACGGGCUUCCACGGCGAAAAAUGCGAGAAGGUGGACCACUGCGCCUCCAAGCCCUGUCGCAACGGGGCCACCUGUCACUCCACGGAAAAGACCUUCAGGUGCACGUGUCCUCCCGAGUUCACGGGGCACACGUGCACGUCGGACGUGAACGAGUGUGAUCAGAGGCCGUGCAAGCACGGUUCCUGCUCCAACACCUUUGGGUCGUACACAUGUAACUGCGACCAUGGAUACACAGGGGUCAACUGCGAGAGUCCUUACGUCCCUUGUGAGCCGUCUCCCUGCCAUAACGGAGGGACGUGCGAGCCGCAGGACUCCUUAUCCUACAGGUGCCAUUGUCCUACCGGGUUCAAAGGUCACAACUGCGAGCUCAACAUAGACGACUGCCACAACCACAAGUGCCAGAAUGGCGCCACCUGCCUCGACGGCGUCAACACCUACACCUGCGACUGUCCUCCGACGGUCACGGGGCCCUACUGCACCGAGGACGUCGACGAGUGCGCCCUCCGCCCCACCAUUUGCAAGAACGGGGCCACUUGCACCAACACCCAGGGCGGGUUCUCCUGCAUCUGCGUCAACGGGUGGACGGGAGAGGACUGCUCCGAGAACAUCGACGACUGCACGGCCGCCGCCUGCUUCAACGGCGCCACCUGCAUCGACAGGGUCGGUUCCUUCCUGUGCCAGUGUACGCAGGGCAAGACUGGACUUCUGUGUCACUUGGAUGACGCAUGCGCCAGCGACCCGUGUCAUCCUGGGUCGAUGUGUGACACGUCCCCUAUAGAUGGCGGGUACCUGUGCACCUGCCCGACGGGGUAUACAGGUGUCGACUGCACGGAGGACAUAGACGAGUGCAAAGAAGGUCUUCCGUGCGAACACAACGGCACGUGUGUCAACACGCCCGGCUCCUUCAAGUGUGACUGCUCCAAGGGAUUCACGGGACCCCGUUGUGAGAUCAACAUCAACGAAUGCGAGAGCAAUCCCUGUCACAAUCUGGGCACCUGCCUGGACGAACGCGGUGCCUUCAGAUGUGUGUGCAUGCCAGGUUACACUGGGCAACAUUGCGAACUUGAUGUUGACGAGUGUGCCUCGAAGCCCUGUUACAACAAUGGAGUUUGCAGUGAUCUCAUCAAUGAAUAUAGCUGCAGUUGCACCCAAGGCUUCACUGGACGACAGUGUGACAUAAACAUCAAUGAUUGUGAAUCCCAGCCGUGUCAGAAUGGUGGCUCCUGUGUGGAUUUAGUUGCUGGAUAUACUUGUCGUUGCAGUCCUGGAUUUACUGGAACAAACUGUGAGACAAACAUAGAUGACUGUCUUUCGUCUCCCUGCCGUCAUGGAUCGUGUGUUGAUGGUAACAACUCGUUUACCUGUAUGUGCAGCCCAGGCUAUACAGGUUUGCUGUGUCAAACUGAAAUUGAUGAAUGUGCUUCAACACCCUGUCAACAUGGAGGAACAUGUAAAAAUCUCAUCAAUAGUUAUAAAUGCCACUGUCCUAAUGGCACUGCUGGACUUAACUGUGAAUUUAACAUCAACGAAUGCUUCAGUAAUCCUUGCCGUAAUGGAGCAAAGUGCAGAGAUGGUAUUGAUGAGUAUACAUGUGAUUGUGUACCUGGAUACACAGGUAGAUAUUGUGAAACUAACAUAGAUGAUUGCCUUUCACAACCUUGUGCCAAUGGUGGUGUUUGCAUAGAUCAGGUGAAUGGGUUCCGUUGUCAGUGCCCUUCUGGGUAUUAUGAUGCUCGGUGCCUUUCCAACGUCAAUGAGUGUGCCAGUAAUCCUUGUCUCAAUGGUGGGACCUGUUAUGAUGAUGUCAAUCGAUUCAUUUGUGAAUGCCCUCCUGGGUAUACUGGUCAUCGAUGCGAAUUAGAAAUUGACGAGUGUCAAUCCAAUCCUUGCCAACAUGGUGGAACAUGUACUGAUGCCUUGAAUUUGUAUACCUGCACCUGUCCAUCAGGUUACUCUGGUCGGAACUGUGAAGCAAACAUUGAUGAUUGUAGAACACGACCAUGUAAAAAUGGUGGCACAUGUAUUGACUUAGUGAAUUCAUAUAAAUGUGUAUGUGAACUCCCCUUCACAGGCAAAGACUGUGAGGUGAAAAUGAAUCCCUGUAAGCCAAAUAAAUGCCAACAUGGAGCCCAGUGUACUCCUACCGCGAAUUUCUUGGAUUUUACAUGCAAUUGUGAAUUGGGAUACACUGGCCGUCUUUGUGAUGAAGACAUUGAUGAAUGUAGCGUUUCUCCUUCUCCUUGUAAGAAUGGGGCUACCUGUAGAAACACAAACGGUUCGUAUUCAUGUGAAUGUGCAAUUGGAUAUGAGGGCCGAGAUUGCACCAUCAACACUAAUGACUGUGCUUUACGACCAUGCCUGAAUGGAGGGACGUGUCUUGAUGGCAUUGGAAAAUAUGACUGCCGUUGCGUUGGUGGCUUUGGGGGAGUCAACUGUGAACAUGAUCUGAAUGAGUGUGAUUCUAGCCCUUGCCAGAAUGGAGCUACAUGCAACGAUUAUGUCAAUUCUUACACCUGUACAUGUCCCCUUGGAUUUUCUGGUACUAACUGUGAAAUCAAUGACGAAGAUUGCACGGAGACCUCAUGUAUGAAUAAUGGAAGCUGUAUUGAUGGUAUCAAUAAUUAUACAUGUGAAUGUGUGUCAGGAUUUACUGGUUCUCACUGUCAGCACCACAUUAAUGAAUGCCAUUCUAACCCCUGUGAGAAUGGAGGGACUUGCAGUGAUCAUGUAGGUUUCUUUACAUGUCACUGCCGCUAUGGUUACACGGGACAGCGCUGUGAAAGGGAGGUAGACUGGUGUUCAGAGUCGCCUUGCAUGAAUAAUGGUGUCUGUGCACAAACAAAUAAUCUUUUUAAAUGUAAGUGCCCUCGUGGGUGGACAGGACUAUUGUGUGAUGUGGCCAAUGUAUCCUGCAGUACAGCAGCAGCAAGUAAGGGUGUGGAUCCAUCAGAACUUUGCUUGUAUGAUGGGAAAUGUCAGGAUAUUGGUAAUACACAUAGGUGUAUUUGCUCUGCAGGUUAUACAGGGUCGUAUUGUCAGCAUGAAAUUAAAGAAUGUGAUUCACAGCCAUGUAUGAAUGGAGCCACUUGCAAUGACCACAUAGGUACUUACUCAUGUAAAUGCUUACCAGGAUUCCAAGGGCCAAAUUGUGAAUAUAAUGUAGACGACUGCAAGCCAAAUAACCCAUGUCAAAAUGGUGGGGUAUGCCAUGAUCAGGUGAAUGGAUUCCAGUGCUCAUGCCCUCAUGGAACUGUUGGUAAACUCUGUGAAAUCAAUACCAAUGACUGUUAUGAAGGGGCUUGUCACAAUGGUGGGAAAUGCAUUGAUAAAGUUGGUGGAUUUGAAUGUCGAUGUAAACCUGGCUUUGUUGGAGCUCGAUGUGAAGGUGAUGUUAAUGAAUGCCUAUCCUUUCCAUGUCUGAAAGAGGGUACAGCAGAUUGUGUUCAGCUUGUUAAUGAUUACCGUUGCAAUUGUCGUCCAGGUUAUAUGGGCCGGCAUUGUGAAAGUAAACGUGAUUUUUGCGCCGAGUCUCCAUGCCAAAAUGGCGGUGUUUGUAGCAGCAAUGAAAGAGGUUAUUCCUGUCACUGUCAAGAGGGCUUCACUGGCAAGUCGUGUGAAUUCCCUACAAAUGACUGCGAGUCUAACCCAUGUGGUCCAAAUAAAGACUGUCGACCAUAUUUACAUGGUAUAGAGUGUGUUACCAAAGAGACCCGUACUUACUGGUGUGAAUCGGAGCCAUGUAGGAAUGCAGGGACAUGUAUGGAUAGAAUAACAUCAUUUGAUUGUCAGUGCCCACCUGGGUGGAAUGGAAAGACAUGUGAAAUAAGAGAUCCUGGUUUCACAGGUGGUAUAGGAGUAUUUUCUGGUGGUUCACCUACAAAUUUAACUCUGGAGAGAGAAAAAUGUCGUGAAAACCGUUGCCAUGAGAAGACAAACAACUAUAGGUGUGACCCUGAAUGCAGUACUUAUGCCUGUGAUUAUGAUGGUUUUGAAUGCUCUUUAGGAAGAAACCCCUGGGCUCUCUGCCAGUCAGAAAUCAACUGCUGGGCGGUGUACGGUAAUGGCGUUUGCAAUAUGGAAUGUAACAAUCCAGGUUGUCUCUUUGAUGGAUUAGAUUGCAGAGAACCUAUUAAACCAUGUAAUCCAAUUUAUGAUGCCUACUGUAUCCGAAACUAUGAAAAUGGUCAUUGUGAUCAAGGUUGCAAUGUUGCUGAAUGUGGAUGGGAUGGGCUUGAUUGUGAAAAAAAGCCCCCUUCCAUUAUGAAUGGAGAACUCCAAAUUGUUGUUCAGAUAGACAAAAAUGAUUUCCAAUUAGUCAAGAAAAACUUUAUUAGAAAAUUGAGUAACCUUUUGGGCGUUCACAUAAUUAUUAAACGUGAUCGAUCUGGCGAAGAAAUGAUUUAUGAAUACAGUGAAACUGGAGUUGAAGGCAUUUUAGUGUACUUUGAGAUAGAUAAUCGCAGAUGCAGUGAAGAUGAUACCUGCUUUGAGAGUGUCACUGACAUAGCUAAUUUCAUUGCUGCCAAUAAGCUGCAGAUGGGUAGUGACAUUCCAAUUGGGGCCGUCUAUGAAACAGGACCCCCAGAACCCCCUCCAGGUUAUACAUACAUAAUAGUAGGAAUUGUCUUUACAAUGGUAUUGGUUGGCAUAGUAUUUAUGGUUAUCACAAGUAAUCGUAAGCGCUCUCGGGGUGUUACCUGGUUCCCAGAAGGCUUCUUUACCAAGUAUUCUGCUACAACAGGUACCAGUGCAGAGCCAGCAAGAAGGAAGCCAGAUGGCCAAGAGAUGAGAAGUUUUAACAAAGGAGCAUCUGUAAGGCACUUGCCAGAUAUAGGUGAUUGUGAUGGCAUUGGAAGGGGUUUGCCAAGUUCAGGACCUAUUGGUGACUGGUCUGAUGAUGACAGUGAACACCCACCAACCAAGCGCUCACGCCAUGAAGCUGGGUACUCGGAUCAAACUCAUUUGACAGAUUAUGAUGAUACAAAUGAUCCUAGAGUCUGGACGCAACAACAUCUAGACGCUGCAGAUAUAAAAAAUCCUGAUCUAUUGGCCUUGACUCCACCACAGACUGAACCAGAAGAACAACGUGUAAUGGCAGGAGAAGUAGAUCCAAAAGGACCCAUGGGUCUUACUCCUCUUAUGAUUGCAUCAUUUAGAGGUGGUGGCUUGGAGAGCCACACUGAUGAAGAUGACAAAGAUGGAUCAGCUGCUGUUAUCCAAGAACUUAUAGAGCAAGGGGCAAAGCUUAAUGCAAAAAUGGACCGCACUGGGGAGACCUCACUUCACUUAGCUGCCAGGUAUGCACGAGCUGAUGCUGCCAAGAAACUCUUGGAUGCCAAGGCUGAUGCAAAUGCUCAGGAUGCUACUGGACGGACACCUUUGCAUGCUGCAGUUGCUGCAGAUGCCCAAGGAGUAUUCCAGAUUCUGCUUCGGAACCGUUCAACUGAUCUAAAUGCCAAAAUGAAUGAUGGAACAACCCCACUGAUAUUAGCAGCCCGACUUGCUAUUGAAGGAAUGGUAGAAGAUCUUAUAAAUGCAGAUGCAGAUAUCAAUGCAACUGAUGAUCUGGGAAAAACUGCUUUGCACUGGGCUGCUGCCGUGAAUAACGUAGAAGCAGUUCAUAUUUUGCUGACACAUGGUGCUAAUCGUGAUGCCCAAGAUAACAGAGAUGAAACCCCCUUAUUCCUUGCUGCAAGGGAAGGAAGCUAUGAAACUUGCAAAGUAUUACUCGAUCAUUUUGCCAAUAGAGAUAUUACUGAUAACAUGGAAAGGCUUCCUGAAGAUGUUGCAAAUGAAAGACUUCAUCAUGACAUUGUAAGGCUGCUAAGAGAACACCACCCACGAUCCCCACAAAUGGCGCAGGUGGUGACAACCUCUCAUCUUGUGAAUCAACAACACUGCCAACAAGCCCCAGGUUCCAUAAUGUCUCAUCAGAUGGCACCUCAGCCUGCUCAAAGGACAAAUACUCAGCCCAAAGCAAAGGCUAGGAGGCCCAAGUCUACAGUAAUGGCUCUUCCUGGUGGAUCCACAAAUACUCCUGUUAGUCCCGAUGGAAAUGCUUCAUUGAAACGUAGCUCUAGUGUAAAAAAGAAAAGCCGUGAAGCUACUGGAGUUCCAAGUGUUGACUCCCAAACCCAAUUGUCUCCUAUGAAUUCUAUGGGUUCACCACAUGGAGUGUUUGAUGCUGCAACCAGUCCUUUUGAAACUGGUAUCUUCCCAGGAGGGCUUACUGGGAUAAACCCUCAUUUCCCUGAAUUAAAUGUAAAGCAGCCUCCUCCUUAUGAGGAAUGUGUGAAGGCUGCAGCAUCAAUGAACAAUCUUCAACAACUGGACCAUGAUAAUAAUCCUUUCAAUAUACCAAACCUAAUGGGUAACCUCCAAUCACAUCCUGGUCAUCAGGGUCAUGUAGUUCAUCAGAGGCAACAGUCCAUGCCAGCUUCCUUCUCUCCACAGAGUCAGACAUUGUCUCCUCCUCAGCAUACAACUCCUCCACAUUCACAUCCAUCACCACAACAUGCACAGUCACCACAUUUGCCUGCUGUUACUUCUCCAGGGAAGAUGCGACCUGCUCUUCCUACUUCUCCUACACACAUGGCUGCAUUAAGACAUGCUACAGCAACAUCAGGAUUUGAAUUCCCAUCAGUAAGUACAACUGGAUACAUGCAUCAGGGACAGCAGCAACAACAACAGCAACAGCAGCAGCAACAGCCCCCACCACCACCACCACCGCAGCUUCAACCUCAGCAAGGUGGCAGUGGUUAUUAUCCUCAUUAUCCUACACCGCCAUCACAACAUUCGGGAGUUGAAGCAACACCUCAGCAUAGUGUUGCACAAAAUACACAUGACGUUUUCCCAACUCCCUCUCCAGAAUCACCUGGCCAGUGGUCGUCAGCAUCACCAAGAAGCCAGAGUGACUGGUCUGAGGGUGUGAGAUCUCCUCUUGGCCCUCCUGCAGCUCCUCCACAUCAUCAGGUGUUUCCUGGAAACCAUCAGCAGCAGCAGCAGCAGCAGCAGCAGCAGCAGCAGCAACAGCAGCAGCAGCAGCAACAACAACAGCAAGGCCCUCCUCAGCCUUUAGGUUUACCCCAGCAAGGUUCUAUUUAUAUCUGAGACAGAAACAGAAUGUGCCAAUAGUCCCUAGUGUACAAUAAUGCGUGUACCAUAAUUGCCUAGGCAAAGUCUGCCUUGCUAUGUACAUACCGUGCUAUUCAAUGACCUGCUGUACUUAGCGUGCAAGUCAGUACAAUUAUUAUCUAUGGACCGUCAAAAACUGUUAUCACAGUGAAUUCCGGCAUAGACCGUUUUGUACAGUGUUCAAGUGGAAUAAAUUUGCAAUAUAGUUGUAGUGGUAAGGUAAAGAAAAAUAUCUCGAAUGGCUUACUCUGUGAUAGUUGUGCUCGUUUGCAAUGACCCAUGUAACAUUAUGCAUUUCUAAAUUACAUUUCACAGGCCAUGAAGUUUGACUAGUAGUAAACGUUUGGCAUUAUGCAUCAGAUAUGAUCAUUAUUUGGGAAGCAUUUUUGCACACUAAUCACAGUGGUUCUGUCAUUUUAGGCAGUGUUCAUUAUCAGUGACCACAUUAUAUGUGAUAUGUUGUUCAGUAUGUGAAUUUUAUGACAAUGUGUAUUUAAUUUCUCCCCUUUUUUUUUAGGUUAUUUGUAAGGCAAUAGCUAAUUACAUAGAUUUGCAGAUCUCCUUAAUGUAUUAAAUUUCUAUUUUCAUAAGAACAAAAGUAUUACUUGCAAUUUGACUGUACAGCUUUAUUUUAAAAUUUUAAUGAACUGUUUAAGACAUGAACAAAAUUUAUAGGUGCGUCAAGAAAAAGUGCCUAGUGUAAAAAGGACUAGUAUUUUUCCUUACAUGUAAGUAAGUAUUUGUUAUUAAAUUUGGCAGGCAGUGGGCAGCUACUUUUAUUUGAUCAUAAACUUUCAUCCGUACACAGACUCAUGAGAUGAAAAAUUACUGCAUUUAUUAAACUCAUUUGUAACAAAUUUCUUACUCAAAUUAUUUUUUAAGUAUCUUGUGCUCCCACUCCUGUCAGCUCUUAAAGGAGCUUGUGGAUGAAUGUGAGAAUGCGAGACCCCCAUUGUGAGAUAUAAGCAGUAUAAAAAUAAAUACUUGAUUUUUUUU